UCAGGUGUGGCAAAUGCUAAAGACUUUUAGCAGCACUAUUUGACGUCUACACAAAUAAUUGUGUGUCAAAUUAAUGGAUUUUUAUCUGCAAUGAACUACUUCAUUUUCUUCAUAUGCGUUCCUUUGGUUCAUUCAGCGUCACACAUGCUCACGACUACUUACUCUAAUGAACAGAGGAUUGCAGGGACACCGAAGAUUUCUGUUAUAACUACACUGGUUAGACAGAAGAUUGAUGAUUAUGACAGUGUGACAAAGAAGUUGAAUCCCACACAGGACUGGAUGAAGGAGUUUGCUGCUACAGACCAGUGGAAAGAAUACACUGAGAUCAGAGAACGAGUGCAGCAGACCAACAAACUCAACAUUCCUGAUCUAAUGCAGAGAUUCAAUCAGACACACGGUAAUCACACAUAUCAGAGAGUGUAUGGAUGUGAUUGGGAUGAUGAGACUAGAGAAUCAAGUGGGUUUGAUGAGUACAAUUAUGAUGGAAAGAGAUUCAUCUCACUGGACCUGAAGGAGAACAGAUACACUGCAUCUGUACCACAGGCAGAACCCACAGUGGAGAAGUGGAACGAGGACAGAGAACAACUUGAUUUUCUGAAAAAAUACUAUAAAGAUAAAUGUGUUUACUGGCUGAAAAAGCUCUUAAAUUUCUCUAAAGCUUCUCUUAAGAAAACAGGAACCGUACCAGAGUUAAAAGGACAGAGUUUGACUGAGCCGAGCCAGAAGAUUCCAACUGAGAGUGAUACCAAGAGAGACGGAUCUGCUUCAUCUAUCAUCCCUAUAGUUGUUGGUAUUAUCGGUAUUAUCAUCCUAGUUAUUUUGGGACUGGUGAUUUAUUGCUGCUGGGAUCAAAUCAAACAGUGCUACAAUAAUAGAUAUUACAAAUAUGUUCACAGUGAUGAACAAAGUUCCAUUUCAGAACCCUCAGUUCCUGACCAGAGGAAGGAUCUUCACAGCCCUUCCCAAUAAUCAAGACAUUUCUUUUAGAAUGAAUCACAAAAAAAGACAUUUGAAUGAAUUAAUUCUGUCAGCAGGGUCUCUGGACUGACAAUGGUUUGCAGUUGUGCCAAGCUCAAGAGGAAAUAUAACUAAAACCACUACUUACCAUUCUCAGAUCCGUUAUAGAAAAACUUCUUUUUUGUAUUCCUCAUUUGUUGCACUGAAUCUUGUUAAACAAGAAACGUUGAAUUUGCUGAAGUUUGCCUCUAAAUAAUUUUCAGUAAAGAUAUGACACACUA